CACUUUCAGUAUAGUACCGUCUGGCAAUCCAAUCACUCAAAGCAGCAAAAUGCGAAAUCUAUUUUCUCGCCACAAGCGUCAUACCCGUCCCGUCCUUACGGGUGAUUUGAAAAUUUUUCGAACGACCAAAAGAUCUUAUCUCAAGUUCAUCGAUGUCCUGAAAUCCGAACUAACCGAACCUGACGAGCGCUACGGCAGCAUUAGGGUUACGAAGCGGGACAACGGCAUAACCAAGGUCAUCAUCGAGGACAGUGACACCAACACUAAAAUUGGUUUCAUCUACCGGAAUCGGGAUCUAUAUUUCGUAGGACUCGUUGUUGGGAACACGUUCUACGUCGAUAAGGAAGUCUACGAAAAAGAUCAUCAGAGGAAACUACCGACCGCCUGGACGAACGUGAUCGGCGUGUCCGAAAUCGAAGCCCUGUCCAAGCCUUUACAGUACCGUGAAAUUCUACCAGAUCGUACAAAUACUUGGCUUCAAAUUGGGAAAAUCGGCCACUCGUUGAGUCAGCUCGCGCAAAUCGGAGACCAGAAAGAGCGUAUGCCAAUCAUAAAGCAGCACUUGGCUCCAUUCGUGGUGGCAUUCUCCGAAGGCAUCCGAUUUCCCGUAGUUGCCCAGUUAGUACAAGAAGCGUUCCGGAAGAUUGACGGCACUGUGCCUCUAUCUACAAAUAUAGUAGAUCGGCUGAGUCUCGGUCACCCUUCCGAACGGACGCCGGAUGAUGUUUUCACCAUUUACUCAUUGCUGUUGUACUGGGGCAAACUAUCAGAUCGGGUGUCCGCAUUCUACGCGGAUCCACCGAUACAAAUGCCUCCCCUCAAGGAAGGCCUGUACACCCUCAACUUGGAAAAGAACCAAUUGAACACCUUGCUGGGAGUUGCCGUCUCAAAUCGCGUUCCGAAACCAACUCCAACUACAACUACGGUUAAACCGAAAAAACCUAAACGGCCUAAACGUGAUCUUAUGUCGUGGUUCGGACAUACGAACCAUCCUAAUCCAGCCCAGCUGGCGCAGCAGAUCGAUUACGUCGACUUUGAAGGCAAUGUGCCGCCUCAGGUAAACACGACUGCUGUCACGCACAGCCCGGAUGUGAUCGGUGCGUUACAUCUGCUCACUGUGGCCAUGAUGUAUUUGUGUGGAAAAAAGAAAAGCAUUCCAUUGGACAGCGCUCAAGACUAUCGCGAUCCAAGGGAGGCUCUUGCCGUGGCCGUCGAUAUUUCCGACCGUUUGGGAUGUUCGCUCAAGAAAGCAGGCCUAGAGGAGGCGAUUGGAUUCGAAAAAGAGCUGGAGCUGCAACGCCAAAUCGCCAAGGCGCUGGUCGAAGGCGAUGAUGUGGAGCGGGUUUUAACCAAAUUCAUAGAGCAGCAUCUGCAGGGGAUUGGGUUGGUUGAGAGUUUGAAGAAACAAAUUAUUAGCGCGUUGGCUAUCGAAAGAGGGCUAGCACAGGAAGAUGAAUUUUAGGAAAAAGGAUGUUUUCAAUAAAUGAUAAACCUUGUCUUUUA